GCAGACUUUUAGAACCUAAAAUAGAAAGUACACAAUAUGUUCCACCAGAAGACAUUGGCAGAGAAGCAAAUAAAUAUAUCUAUUUUGUCUGCAAUCAAAUUGGUGGUCCUUGGACUUUGCUACCAAAUGUAACACCAGAUCAAAUAUUUGUUGCAAAAAUCAUUAAGAAGGCAUUUACUGGUGUGUAUGAUACACCCGUUCUCAGUUAUCCUCCAUUUCCUGGAAAAGAAAUCAAUUUAUUAAGAGCACAAAUUACUUGUAUCUCGUCUAGUACUCUCAUUUCUCCUAUUGGAUAUUAUGAGAUAAAAGAGGAAGAAAUUGGAGAAAAAGGAGUGCAGUAUUUCUUAAAUAAAGUAGAAAAUUUUCAAAUUUCUGUAGAAGCAUUAACAAAUCCUGAUCUUUCUUCUUGGGUGCACCAUAGUUAUCAUGCAUUACCACAGGGUCAUUGUAUGUGGAUGAAACCACAAAAAGAGUUUGGAAAUAUUUCAAAAACUGAUGAUAUUGAUGAAGAAAAGGAGGAGGAAAUAUUAAGAGAUGCAAGUAAAGAAGGAAAAUCAAUGAUUUUUGAAGUAUUAGAACAGGAAAAAGAAACUAAUGAAAUUUAUGUGCAAGAAGAAACAUCAUUAGUUGAACGUGAAGAAAAAGAAAUAUCUGAAGGCCCUCCUUUACUUUCUCCUGUGUCUAAUGAUAAUGGUAACUUAGCUCUGUUUAUUUAA